AUGAACGGUCAUUAUGUAAAUUAUGAUAAUCUUCUAAGCGAACUACGAAAUAUCAUUAGUCAGAAAAGUGAUGAUGAUUUACAAAAAUUGUAUCAUAAUCCGGACGAGAUAAACAAGUUCGUUACCAAUCUAAACGAAAUGCAACAUACAGAAACGAUAAAGGAAAGUUUGAAACUCAAUAUCAAUCGUCUCGCAAUCGAUAAUCUAGACAAGGAACCGGUUCUUUCUGACGAAAGAGAGAAACUUCGAGAAGUAUAUGACGAACUCAACAAAGCCAAAGAAGAAUACGAUCUUGUUCGGCAACAAUACGAAGAGCGAGUCGGUGAGAACAAUCCGGAAAUGACCUGGGUGCUUUUACAAACAGCAGCAUCUGAACUCGAACGUACUACUGAGGAGACUGCUGAGGAUUUCUUCUAUGGUGCAAAAAGUGAAGACGAAGUCACGGAUUUCGAACGUCGUUUUAUCGAAAAUCGCAAACGAGCACAUGAAUUGAAAAUCAAAGCUGAAAAAUUUCGUGAAUUACUACACACUUCUUCAGAUUCGCUUAUAUCGAGACUUCCUCUUCCAAUGUUUAAUGAUAACAUGCCCGGUGCAAAACGUUCAGCGAAGUCAGUGUCAUAUACAGAGAUUGAUGACGAUGAUGACUUUGUUUCGAAGAAAACUCGUAGCUCAAAAGAGAAGCAAGAGAAAAAUGAAACUAAGUCGUCGACUCGAGCGCCACCACGAAAACGAUCAGAAAAAUUAUCAAAAGUUGAACAAGAAGAGAUCGAUCUGGCCCUCAAACUUUCGAAAGAAGUUGAAGUUUCAAUUGAAAUUCCAGUUAUGGUCGAUGAUACUCAAAGUACAACUAGUCAAUCAACAGAAACAAGUCAAGAUAGUAAAAUAACAACAGAGAAAAAAUCUGAUGAACAGGACGAAGAUUUCUCACCGAAAAGCAAACGAAUUAAACGAGAAGAAGAGGAAAUUGAAGACGAAGAUGUCGCUGAAAGUGAACCUAGUAGUGAAGAAGAAAAAGAGGAAGAAGAAGAACCAACACCGGAAAAGAAACCACUUCGUAAAUCAAAAGAAACAACAAAAACACCAGAAGCACCACCAAUUACACCACUCGAUCUCAAUUCAACUCGAUCAACAACACGUGCUCAACAAAAACCGACAACCUUGUCGAUUGAUGUCGUCAAGAAGAAAUGCAAUACACCAUUAGGCUUUCCAACAAGUAAAAUCGUUAUUCCAACUAGUCAACCAUCUCGCGUCGGUUUAUCACGAAAUUCACAUACUAUUAAACCGCUUCAUCCAAAUCUCAAUCAACGUAUUGUUCAUGAGUAA